GAAAUGUAGUUGUACAUGGUAAAUUUUACUCUUGGCCGUAUAUAAUCCCUACUAUGUAGAUAUGAUGGUCAUGACUCAUACUCGUAUAUGAAGUACUAGCUCAACAGCUUUUCAAAUUAUUUUUUAAUUAAAAAGAAAUUUCAAUGGAAGCGGGAACAUUCCUUCGAACUAACAUUCCAUUUCAGAGGAUUUCUAAUCCCAAACGCCUUCUCUCUCGUCGUCUUCAUGGAACUUUCCCGCGCUUCAUUAGGGCUUCUUCUACUUCUGCGAAUUCAAAUGGACGUUAUAGAGGACCAAAGCCGGGGAGGGAUUGGGUCGCCGAGUGGGUCUCGAAGAACGACGACGUCGUUCGGAGCUUGCCCAUUUAUGCCGGAGGAGUUUCUCUCUUGGCUGUUCUAUUUAAUCGAACAGUUUCGGGGAUUGCUCCGGUCGCUGAUGCCAGCAGUUCACAGUCAAGAGCUGAUUUAUUGACGCUUGGAUUGGCUGUAACCAAUAUUCUUGCUGGUCUGGUAUGGCUCUCUAUCAGACCGAAACCUGUUUUUACGGUAAAUCCUGAUGGGAUCGAAUGCCAUGUAAUCAAUCCUGAUCUUCCAAAUCUUGUAGUUUCAGAGUUACUAUGGACAUGGGAAUCUCUUUCAGAGGUUACUUGCGGCAGGUCUCUUGUUGUUGUUUACAAUAGCAGUUAUAUCCUUCAAAUUGGUUUUGCAGCUGAAUCUUUGAAAGACAAUGGAAAGGCUGCAUCUGUGGAUGCUGGUAAAUUGAUGCAAGGAUCGCUUUGUCGAGGUGUAAUGAAGUCAGGAGCUCAGAGCUACUUGGCCAACCUAUCGCUUUAUCCUGGAAAGUCUGAGCUUCCAUUUCUGCCAUCCAAUACACAGGCAGUCAUUUUGCAGCCACUUGGAGACAAAGGGAUAGCAAUAAUUGGUGGCGACACAAUUAGGGGUUUCACAACAUCGGAUCAGGCGUGGAUAUCAUUGAUUGGGGAGAAAUUGGAUGCGACUUUGGCAAAAUAUUUCGAUAAUGUGGCGUUUUCUCUACUAGAUCAAGUUUGAAAGCAAGCACAGCAAGUUUAGCAACGGGGGCUUAUUAUAUCAUAUUUAAUUAAUUUUAUAUAAUGCAUAUUAUGUUUAUUACAGCCUUAUUAUAUGUAAAUGGUCUAUAUUGAUUAAUGAAAAGGUCGCAAAUGUUAUCGUCAUUUGUUUCUUCGAUAUGUUACUAGGAAUCUACUGUCUUCUGUCAAAUACAUUUUGUAAAUAGCAUGUGCAGUCGGUCAUGCUAUAUCAAUCUCUUAUUUCAGUUCGAUUGGUCAAACUUAGUUAUUAUGGAAAAAAAAAAACAUUCUGCAUUGA